GCGGAGGGGGUCAACGAAAUGGCAGGGAGGGGAACGUCCAAUGGCCGGCAUGCAGGCACGUGCGGUUCUGGCUGCAGGUCAGGGCGGAAGACGACCUGCAACGGCGGUACGACCCAUCCAUGUACACCCAUCUAGAGUCGUGGAGGACGUCACUGCCCCCGCCGGACGAGGAGCCGGAGACGGAAGAACUUCCAACGUUGCCUCUCGCCAGCAGGUCGACGCAAUCGUUGUCGCAGACGGUGCGAGCAGGCGGGUCGGCUAGCAACGAAGGCGGCGAGUUCACCUCACUCCUGCACCAAGGCUUGGGAGACGACGACAACGGAGGACUUGAUCUCAGGUUCGGGUUGUGUUCUGGCGGCGCUAGGGAGGCGAGCCGUACGUUCAUCAUCAACGCUGAUCCUUCGCCACGUGGCCUUCAACAUGCUGGAAGACCCACUGUGGAGAACAUCACACGAGGAGUGUCGAACAUGCGGGCACAAAGCGAUGGCGGCAACAACGACGGCGAUGGCGGUGACCAUGCCGACGAAGGAUUGAGGGAGGACGUGGAAGCAGGGGACGACGAUGGCGACAUUCCUAUUCGGCCUUUGGGGAAGACGGGCGGGAGGGGGAAAGGAUGCAGCAGAGGUGUUGUUCGUGGUCUAUCCGUUGGCCGUGGCGGCAGAGGUGGCGUCAGCGACGACGGCGGGAAGUCUGCGACGUACUGGUCGCCGGAAGAGCAAAUGCUCCUGGUGAGAUGCAAGCGGGAGCAAGAGAUGCACCUCGUCGGGCUGGGUCACAAUUACGAGCGGAUGCGAACCAAGGAGUGGAAGUGGGAUGACAUUGCGAAGCGUAUGGCGAACGCGGGGAGGCCUAAAGACGUCGACGACUGCCUGAAGAAGUGGGACAAUCUCUUCCAAAACUACAAGAAGAUACAGAGGUUUCAGAAUGCCAGCAGCCAAACAGAUUUCUUCAGGCUAUCGAAUGAAGAAAGGAAGGAGCACAACUUCAAGUUCCAGAUGCAGAGGGUGCUCUGCCCAGGCGAGGAGCAGUUGGUGAGGAGUCUGUUGGUAGUGAGGCCGGUGGUGACGGCUGCUAGACGAGGACGUUCUUCUGCGAGGGACUCUGACAACAACGCAGGCAGUGGGGCUGGGGGCGGGAAGCGGAAGAAUGCGCGUCAACAAGUGUUGGAGUCGCUCGCUGAUGUCAUGGAUCGCCAUGGCAAACUGAUGUCGGCGACGAUCGAUUCGUCUAGCAAGCGGCAAUGCAGCAUAUUCACGAGGCAAUACGAUAUACUUGAGCAGGAAGUUGCAUUCCAAAAAGCGCACUAUGCAGCGUCCGAUGAGACGCAGAGGAUGAUGUGCCACGCGCUUAUGGAGAUCGUUGCCGCCAUCCGUGGUCGGUCGCCGAUCAUGUCUACGCGAGGGAGCGCCCGUGGUAAGAAGCGCGACGACGUCCCUGACGAGAGCCAAGGGCAGGGAAGAGGUCGACGACAUGUCCCGAAGGCGAAGACGGCACGUUUGGAUGAUGCGUCAGCAAGUGUGCCUCCUCGUCGAGCGCAAGGUUGGGCGGCAUCAGCGGAAGGGGACUACGACAACGACUCCACGAGGGAGGAAGAGCAGGCAGAGGUGACCGCGUCUGCAGUACAGGAGAGCGCUCGGCAACGCUCUCCUGAUCAAACCGCUUCGAAAAGGAUGCUCACCCCUCCGCCCGAGGCGCAGCAACUGCGUGCCCGCGACACGCGGACAGAGAAGGUUGUCGUCGUCGAUCUGGGCGGUGAUGAUGAUGAGCCCUUGGAGAAACGUCGCCUGCGCACUCUUGCACAAGGCACCGCAGCGCAGGCGACGACGGCACACGUUGCGGUAGACGAAAGGCGACUUGCGGUUAGGGGCAAGCCGGCAGGUGCUGCGGGUGCGGGUGCUUCAGGCGUUGUGGCCCCCGUUGGAACAGCGAGAGAGGAGGCAGCAGUUGUGGCGAUGGCGAGAGAGGAGGCGCGUGGCGAGAACAAAAUUGAUCGGGACGGCGGCAAGCCUGGUUCAAGUUGGACGACGGGGGAGGGGCGAAGACUAUACAACAUCGUCCACGAAAUGAGAGAGUACUUUGUCGCCAUCGCUAGCGGCCUUCCAGUGCCUGUCGUCCUUCGGAGCGUCGUCCUGCCCAAAUCCAGCACGAAGGAAGCCAGGAUCACCGACCCAUCACAGUUGCAGCAAGCAAUCUCCCGUGCGGCGGCAGUGGAGAACAUUGCUCUGUGCAUCUUGCACGGCUGCGUAUUCAAGUCCGGGAACCGCCCAAGGGGAUACAAUCUGGCUUUCCAGUACUCGCUCGAGUCCGUAGCGACGGCCAUUGCGUGUGCGAUGUGGUAUGGCGAGGAGUGGUGCAACGUCGUCAGUGGGGUGGUAUGCGCGCAUACGAUAAAUCUGUCCAUGGACUUGCCACCAUGGUUCGCCGACACCAACAUCGAGGACAAACCUGAGGACAACGACAUGGCGGCGUACCAGGAGUCCACCAUCAUCUGCAUCGUGCAUGCAUUCCGCGCGGCGGUGCAAAUGGGUGCGCACAUCGACGACGACUUCAUCUCGUACGACCGUCUCUGUCGGGUGGUUGACUGCUUCAGGCUUUUGUUUGCGGCAUGCAUGUGGAUAAUGCGUAUGGCGGGGGACGAUCCGUGCAGCCACUACGAAGCUUUCUACUUCGCGAACCUGGUGGCGAAGCCCACACUCGUCGCGUCCAUGCAUCGGUCCUUCGAUCAUCGACGAUCCGUCAUCCGCGCCGCAAAAAUCAUCACGGAGAGGCUCGGGAAGGCGAACGCUACAUUUGGAGAGUACCCCGACUACAUCCCUGGAUGGGCACCCUGCGGCAUUGGUUUCCGGCGUAACAUGAGCAUAACGGGGCUGGAGGAUGCGAAGAAGCUAGAUUGGUUGGGUUCGGGGGCCCCCGCUGAUGACAACAACGACGAUGGAAAAGAUGACGCGUAGGGGGUGGGGGGAGUGGGGGCGGCGCUUGUGUGAACGAGGGUGCAUGUACACGUGGCUGGUUGUGAUGGGCUUCAAUGUGGUUGAAACG